CCGCCGCAGGGAGCCAGAACGCCUAGGAGCCCCUACGCUCCGGGACUUGGCGGGAGGCGGUUUCGUCCCGGCCGCGCUUUCUCUGGCAUCUGUGCUGCUUCUUCCCGGGUCUCUGUGUGGAGCAGUCCGCACUCCCUAGCCUAGGGCUGUUGGAGCGGAGCGUGCUGCGACCGCGUAUCCUAGUCCCCAAGCCCUGCCUCCUGGAGAUGCUGCACGUGUGAGUGGCAGGGCUUUAUUUGAAUUUCCGCACCUCGAGAGUUGCGGAGCCUGCUUCUCUGACGCUGACUGAGUGAAGAACUACAGUCUUCUUUCUGCCCCCUUUGGGAGAGUACCUGUCUGUGCAAAUUACCAGGUUGCAUCUUCACUGAUCGGAAUACAAGCUCUGAGGAAUGGAGUUGGCCAUCUGUGGACUGAAACCUCUGAAACUGUGAGCUCCAGAUAAACUUUUCCUCCUUUAAAAUGGUUCUUAUCAGGUCUUUUGAUCACAGCAGCAAAAAAGCUGACUCAAACAUUCUUCACCAAAGGACAUGGAUGAAAGUGAAAGCAGCCAGUCCCUGAUGACAAGCAGCCAGUAUCCUAAAGAAGCAGUAAGAAAACGCCAAAAUUCAGUUCCAAAUUCUGGAGGAAGUAAUUUUUCUAGGAAAAGCUUCAAGCUGGAUUACAGACUAGAGGAAGAUGUAACUAAGUCAAAAAAAGGAAAAGAUGGUAGAUUUGUUAACCCUUGGCCAACAUGGAAAAACCUCUCUAUUUCAAAUGUUCUCAGAUGGCUGAUAAUGGAGAAGGAUCACAGCAGUGUUCCAUGUUCCAAAGAGGAACUUGACAAAGAACUCCCAGUGCUUCAACCAUAUUUUGUCAAUGACCCUGGAGAAGCUGGAGUGAGGGAAGCUGGCUUAAGAGUCACAUGGCUGGGACACGCCACGCUGAUGGUGGAAAUGGACGAACUCAUAUUUCUCACAGAUCCUAUCUUCAGCUCUCGUGCUUCUCCAUCGCAGUACAUGGGUCCAAAGCGAUUCCGUUGUCCCCCAUGCACAAUAAAUGAACUCCCCCGAAUAGAUGCAGUCCUCAUCAGCCACAACCACUAUGACCACCUGGACUACAGUUCUGUCAUUGCUUUGAAUGAGCAAUUUGGUAAUGAGUUGAGAUGGUUUGUGCCUUUGGGUCUCCUCGACUGGAUGCAAAAAUGUGGCUGUGAGAACGUGAUUGAGCUGGACUGGUGGGAGGAGAAUUGUGUCCCUGGCCACGACAAGGUCACCUUUGUCUUUACACCUUCCCAGCACUGGUGUAAAAGGACCCUAAUGGAUGACAACAAGGUUCUCUGGGGAAGCUGGUCUGUCUUGGGGCCUUGGAAUCGAUUUUUUUUUGCUGGAGAUACUGGUUAUUGCCCUGCUUUUGAAGAGAUAGGAAAAAGGUUUGGACCUUUUGACCUUGCUGCUAUUCCCAUCGGAGCUUAUGAACCAAGGUGGUUUAUGAAAUACCAGCAUGUAGACCCAGAAGAAGCUGUCAGGAUUCACAUCGAUGUUCAAACAAAGAAAUCUGUGGCAAUUCACUGGGGAACUUUUGCCUUAGCAAAUGAGCAUUACUUAGAGCCUCCAGUGAAACUGAGUGAAGCUCUAGAAAGAUAUGGACUUAAGACUGAAGAUUUUUUUGUCUUGAAGCAUGGAGAAUCAAGAUACUUAUAUAACGAGGAUGAAAACUUUGAAUAUGAGCACAGAAGCUUUUGAUGAAAAAAGCAUCAUUUGAUGUAAAUUUGAAGGCAAAUGACAAGACUAAGCAAGUCAUGAAUAUUAUAUUUACACUUCUGCAAGUGUUUUAUGUUUUGUGUAAUAACUUGCUAUGAUGACUAGCUUAUAUAAAAGAAACGUUCAGGAGUGAGUCAUUUAAAUAAUGAGUUGACAAUGUGGAUUUAAAAAUCUUAUAUUAAUGGUAUAACCAAUGCAAUAGAAAUUAUUUACUAAAGCAUUAUACUUUAGCGGUGGUAGAAUUUUCUGAGAUAAUGAAAAACUUGAUCCAUUUGUUUUUUAAUUUUUUCAGGACCUCUACCAGGUGAAUCAAGGUUUUAUAGUUAUCUAGAUUUUUUUAGACGCCUGUAUACAUACCCUCAUAUCCCCCCCCCCCCUUACCAGGGAUUGAACUUGGGGGCAUUCAACCACUGAGUCACAUCCUCAACCCUAUUUUGUAUUUUUAUUCAGAGACAGGGUCUCACUGAGUUACUUAGCGCCUUGCUGUUGCUGAGGCUGGCUUUGAACUCAAGAUCCUCCUGCCUCAGCCUCCUGAGCUGCUGGGAUCACAGGCACUCAUAUCUUUCUAAUAUUCACAUGGUAAUAAGUGAUAAAAUCGAUUCCCACAUGCUUAAAGACAUAGCAGUUCUUGUUCUAUCAAGACUAGCUUAUAUGUCAGAUGUUAAAGUGAUUUAUUUUAUUAAGCAUACAAAUACAGGAUUUGGGACAAGUUAUCAUUUUAAAAGAUUUUUAAAAUUGAUUGUGGCAAGAUAUACAUGAUCUUAAAUUUCUUGUGAAGCCAUAACCACCAUGAACUUAAAUUUUUAAAAGAGGGGUAUAUUUUACUGCACCUCUACAAUCUCCAAAUUAAAAGCUCUUACUAGGGUAGAGGAAGGGAUAUGAGAAAUGAUUUAUGAAAUUUUCUAUUUUUAAUAUAAAAGUGAGACCUUCUACUAAGCACAAAUAUAGCUACAGUGAAAUAUUUUACAGAUGAGAUAAAUGCAGAUCUUAAAUGUGAACAGGCCAUAACACUUUGAAUUAAAUUUUACUUUCUCUAUAUACAUCCCCCCCUCUUAGUUCUAACUCUAAUGUAUCAGUAAGAUUUAUUUUAUAAGUACUUUUGUUUUACAUGAUUCAGAUGUCAUAUAUUUUUAUAUUAAAUGACUUAUAAGCAUAACUGUACCUUUUAUUAAGGCAGUAUGGCAUACCAGUGGUAAACAGAGAUUUCUGGUUGUUGGCUGACCUGAGUUUUAGUCUUAAAUAAGGCACUGUAUUCACUUGAUUGUUCUGAACCUUCUUAAAGGAGUGAGCUGUAUUAGGUACUAGUUGAGGCCUGUUCUGUGUUCCUUAUCUGUAGACAUAGUAAAAUAAACUUUAUCCAUACAAAAUAAUUAGAAUAGGUUUUCUACACCAAAUAUACAAACUUACAGUGCUCUAUAAUUUGCACAUAUGUAUGCAUGCCAAAAAUUGCCACUUAAUCUGAAUGUUAAUCCUCUCAUUUCAUCAUGAAUUUUCUGUGUAACCUGAAACAAAUCACCUAUGCUCACUGUGCCUCAGUUUCCUCACAUGUAACAAGAGGAUAAUUUUCUCCUACCUCCAACAUAAGUAGGAUAAAUAUUUUUUUUUUUAUUAUUUUUGGUACCAGGGAUUGAACCCAGGGGCGCUUAACCACCGAGCUACAUCCCCAGCCUAAAUAUUUUUAAAAGCACUUUUAAAAUCUAAGGGAGAAAAUGAUUUCCUAAAAUAUCACUGCCUAAUACAGAUAGGUACAUUUGAAAGCUGAAAAUAGGCUAAUGUUUUUUGAUAAUAUAUUGUUCCUGUUGCAUAUAUAUGCUUACAUAUUAGGACACCAAACAAUCCACUCAUUUUGUAGAUUUGGAGAGUAAUAGCAAAUAUAAGCGAUCUCUAUCAAAAUUUAAUAUUUUUAUCUAAAAGGUUCAAAUCAAUCAAGGGGAAAUGUGUACACAAUGUAUAUGUAUGUAUAAAGUAUGUGAAUGUAUGAUUUGGGGGCACAAAGCACAAAAAUUCCCCAUAAGAAAAAGAAACUUAAGGAAAAAACAACAUAGACUUUUUCACUCUAAGCAGAUGUGAAUCCAGAUGUUAGGGUUAUGGUGGGUUAGCUUGAGGCAUAUUGCCCUAACACUAGUCAGCAUUCUUGUGGUCAUCUUCCUUGAACUGAAAUUCAUCUCUUACCUCUCUGCUAUGAGCAAUCCAAACAUAUCUUAGAUAUUUCUUCUCCAUGAAUGAACGGCCUUAAUAUUAUUUUUGUAUUCACAUGUACUGUUUAACUCAGAGUCUCUAAGCACUUUAAAUUGUAUUCUAGUGCCAUUUGAUUGAGCCAGCCUUAUUUUUCUAGGCUUCCCUGCUUUGAUUUUUAUUGCCAUUCAUCUUUUUUCCCCACAUUUUUUUUAAAUUGGUGCAUUACCAUUUGUGUUCUUUUUACAUUGACAGUUUUAUUCAUUAAGUACAUCAAAUGUCAUUGUUCCUUGUCACAACUACCCUAUUGAGUGGUUUCCAGUUUUUCACUUAUGUACAUUUUGAAGGGUUUAUGUGCAAAUGAAAACAAAUUUUGAAAAAUUAGACAAAUCCAUUCUCUAUCCUCAGUCUAGUCUGAUAUACAUAAUACUUUCUGAUAUACAUUAUGGUACUUUAAAAUCUAUCUUAUAAGUUUCAUGUUCUUUGAUUAGCAAGCCUCCUGAGGAUGCUUACUUUGAUAUACUUUACUGCCUAAGGGUAGGUCCACUGGUGAGACAUACCUCCUAAUAAAAGUGAUGGUGUGUUGGGUGUGGUAGUCCAUGCCUGUCAUCCCGGCUACUUGGGAGGCUGAGGUAGGACUAUGGGUUCCAGACCAACCUGGGCAACUUACUGAGACCAUGUCUCAAAAAUAAAAAAAUGGGGAUGUAGCUUAGUGGUAGAGCAUCCCUGGGUUUAAUCCUGAGUAACCACUCCCACAACACAUAAAAGGUAAAGAUGUGAUGACCUAUAUCGAAAAUAUCUAUUUGUAUAUAUUUAUUAUGAAUUCUUCCGAAACAGUUAAAAAUUACUCCUCUUCUUUAGCAUGUUGAUAUUUCAUAAUUAAUGCUGUGAUCUCUAGGAAGUGUCAUUACUUAUUCAGACUAGUAAGAGAGGAAAAGAAGACAGGGAGAUUUAGAAUCUGAUGUGUCUAAAGCACAUUAAAUACAAAUCCUAUCCUGGUUUUUAAUAUGUGCACAUUUUGAACACAGCUUCAUUUAUUAGGGAAACAGAUUUUUAGAAAAACUGUUACAAAGACAUGUGCCUUUUGGGGAAAUAAUACCUGUGUUGUGUCACCAAUAUGAAAGUAUUAUUCUUAGCUAUCAUAUUAUGUUACUACUCUAGCCCAUUGGGAAUUCCCAUUUUUCAUCUUAUAUUGCAUCCUUUUUCUACUGAAAAUAUUUCUUCAAAGGUUGAUUUUUAUAUCAGGAUAAACCUGAUAACACAUAUUUUUCUGUUUAAGGAUUUGUGACUUCCUGUAGCAACAGGUUUAUAUCCAUAUAUUUGCAAAUGAAACUUAAAGCACUCUCAAAGCUUUUGUCUUAAGUACACAAGUGUAAAGCUUCUGCUUGCCUAUUGAUUUACUUAAUGCUAAGCACGAUGAGGACUAUGAACUUGAGUAUUACAGAAGCUGGCUGCAUUCAGAUAUAUCAAAUUGUUAAUAAAUACCUUAUGGGAUAAAAAUACUAUUUAAAUAGAUAAUAACUAAUAAAUCUUUAUAUUGUAAUUCCAGACAAGUAAAACAUGGAUAAAAUUAAUAAAGUACUGUCAAGGGAAGAAAAUAUGUACAGACUUGUGACUUUUUAUUAAAAAAAAAAACAACUAUACAAUUUCUGAUCAAAGUAAAAAAAAUUCAAACAGUAGAAAUAGGUAUGCAUAGGUUAAGUGACAUUCCCAUAUCCCAGCCUCGCUCCAGGAGUUUAUAAGCAUAAAUAUUUUGCAUUUAAAAACCAUUCAUGGGAUCAUAAUGUACAUACAGUCUUUUACAUGUACUUUAAAAGCAACCAUAUUUCAUGGAUGUCUUUCUACAGCAGCACAUUCAGGUUCACUUAAUUUUUCUCUUUUUUAAAAGACUGGCUAAUUGAUUUAACCAGUUGCCUACUGGAUGGACAUUUUGAUUGAUCCCAGUAUUUUACAUGUAAUAUCUUUAUAAUUAGCUUACUGAAGGGGAGUGGGUGAAUACUAAAAAACAUUUUCCCCUAAAAGUUUACAUUUUUCAUUAUCUAGAAAUGAUGAGAAUAGAUUUUUUGGGGGGCAGGAAUCAGACCCAGGGGCACUUGACCACUGAGCCACAUCCCCAACCCUUUUUAAUAGUUUUAUUUAGAGACAGGGUCUCGCUGAGUUGCUUAGGGCUUUGCUAAAUUGCUGAGGCUGGCUUUGAAUUUGUGAUCUUCUUGCCUCAUCCUCACAAACCACUGGGAUUACAGGCAUGUGUCACUGUGCCUGGCUGAUGAGAACAGAUUCUGAUAAUUAAAAGACCUUUGAAAGCAGUAUGGCUGGGUUGGCAGGUGGACUUGAGAGCUCAAGAUCUCAUUGCUAUUAAAAAAACAGGGCCAUUCUAUGGUAGUUCAGAAACAAUGAAUUAAUCACAAACCAAUGCCGUCUCAUAAGAGUAACUGCAAAUCAGUUCAGAAUAGAGGGGGCCAGGUGUGAUGGUGCAUACUUGUAAUCCCAGUAGCUUGGGUAGCUGUGGCAGGAGGGUCACAAAUUCCAGGCUAGCCAGCAACUUAGAGAAACUCUAUCUCAAAAAAGAAAAAGAAAAGCAGGGGGUGGGGUACUGGGGAUGUGACUAAGUGGUUAAGCACUCUGGGUUCAAUUCCCAAUACCCCCCCUCC